UAAAUACUCUUAUCAAUAGUAGCCGUCACUGAUCGUGUAUUGUUUGAUUCCCCUGUAGUCGUGUUAGUGCUUUACCCGACUGGUACUUAAGUGGUUCGAUCAGUUGUUUUUGAACAGCAGACAACAGACGAUCGGUCUCCAGUUUGCGGUGCAAAAAUGAGGUCGACUUUAUUUUUAUUGUCUGUUUUGACCGGCUUCCUGACAGGGCUGACCAGAGCUGAUAAUUCCGUUCGUGAAGUUGCUGUUGCUGAUCAUUUGGAAAACUUUUUGCAGGAGUUUGAGGACUACCGCAUCACUAACCGAAUUUCGGCAAAAUUAGAUCAGCUGUUGAAUGUUAUCAAAUCAGGCGAUGUCAAGAUAACGCUGGACGAGAUGCCCCACGCAAAGAACCCGAAGUUGUGCCUCACCUGUUUAUCAGCCAGCCACACAUUUCUUCAGAUUUACAAACAAGCUCAAAUCAAAGAGAAAAAUACUCUGAUCAAACUGGCUCAGGAUAUAUGCCAUUUGUACAGUUUGAAGCCGUACGUCUGUGAUGGUUUAAUCGAACUCAAUGCGGAUAUGAUACUGUACAUGCUGGAACAUCUAGAAGUAUUACCAACCGCUAGACGUGUUUGCGAGAUUGCUUACCAAGGAGAAGAUUGCGUUGUGUCAGGAUCCGAUAUACUAGCUGAUCGAUACCCGAAAGUGAACGUUAGCUUAUCCGACAAAGUAUUAAAAUCAUCCAAAAAAUCUUCCUCACAUUCGAACCAAGACCCGCUGGUAAUCGUUCAUCUGACCGACAUUCACUUUGACCCGGACUACGUGGUCGGAGUGAAUGCCGAGUGUGGAUCGGAAGCCUGUUGUCGACCUGUUCCUGGACUCGUACAAGCAGAUUCAACCAACGCAGCCGGUUUCUGGGGAGACUAUCGUGAUUGUGAUACUCCGUGGCACGGAGUUGUUAAUGUUGUUAACCAGAUUCGCACGCAGCAUCCGAAAAUCGAUGCAAUCUACUUCACCGGAGAUAUCAUUCAUCAUUUCACUUGGAAUACGACACUUGAAACGAACGAGGAAUCAAUGCGUAGGGUUUUUCAGUUGCUGAAGCAAACAUUCGCUGGGAUCCCGCUCUACCCAAUACUAGGAAAUCACGAAGCACAUCCCGCUAAUCUGUACGCUCCUCAUGACAUUCCGGAGGUUCUGAACUCUAAGUAUCUUUACGACUACAUCGCGAAUGAGUGGGAAGAAUGGCUCCGCAACGAAUCGGUCAACACUACGCUCGCCGAUGGUGGAUACUACACCGUUUUGAGUCCCCUCGGUCACCGGAUUAUCGCACUGAACAACAAUUUCUGCUUUUCUCAUAACUGGUGGCUAAUGUUCAGCGAUAACUAUUUCCUGCAGCAGCUUCAGUGGCUUCAUGACACUUUACUAGCGGCUGAGAGUGCUGGCGAGAAGGUGCAUAUUUUGGCACACGUUCCAUCCUACGAUAACUACUGCUACGUCGGCUGGACUCGAGAAUAUCGAAAGAUUGUCGAACGUUUCGCGCACAUCAUCGAGGGUCAGUUCAAUGGUCAUUCGCAUGUUGAUGAGUUCAAUGUGUACUACAGGAAGGAUGAUCCAUCGGUGGCGGUUAGUGUGGCGUGGAAUGGCGGUUCGACUACCACGUUUACCCGAUUGAAUCCAAACUAUAAGAUUUUCUACGUUGAACGGGAUAAUUUUGAAAUUCUGGAUCACGAAACAUGGUUCUACAACCUGACGGAAGCCAACCAGCACCCCGACCGUAAUCCCCUCUGGACGAAAGAAUACAGCUUCAAAGAACAGUUCAAUCUAGCGGACUUGAGUCCAGUGUCUUUGGAUGGAUUAUUGCAGAAGUUUGCCCACACUGAAGCUGAGCUGCUGCAGUUUUGGAAACUGAAACAAAAGCAAGCUGACCCGAUGCUAGCCAGCGGUUGUGAUCGAGUCUGCUUGCGAGAGACUCUUUGUACUAUAGUGCGUACGGAGUACGGUGAUGAUGCUGCAUGCUCGCGUCUUCUGGCGGCUAGAUCUCAUACUGAUUUAAAAUGAAACUUUUUCUAGUUAAAAUGUUCAGCUGUCUUUAAUU